AUGUAUCCAGUAGAACCGAACAUUGUUUAUAACAUUCGUAAUACAAAUAAAGAAGAACAAUUGACGGAGCCAUUAUACUUUCGCAGUUUAAAAAAUUCACAAAAUCCAUUUUUAAAUAUUGACACUAAAAUCUGUUGCAUAGGAUUUGAUGAUGUUUGUAAAGGAUUCUUAAAGCAAUUAAUAUUUGACAAAAAAUAUAUAAAUUAUAAAUUUACAAAUAUAAUUGUUAUUGCCGAUCCAGCAGAAUUUGAAUUUACUAUUACAGAUUUAUAUCGUAAAAUUUGUAAUCUUUUAAAAGUGGAUGCUUCUACUUCACCACAAAUAAUGAAACGUAUGGGUUUAGAAACUUGGAUUUCUUGCAUUGGUGGCAAAAUAGCAUCUAUUGAUAGGAAAUCAAAAACAAUUUUUAUGAGCAAUUUUUAUAAAAUCAAGUAUGAUUAUCUUUUUCUGGUAUGCAGUAUAAAUUAUGGCUACCCAAAUAAUUUAAUUUGGAAUUCUACAGACCCUGCACCAUCAAAUUAUGUACAAAUAAAUAACAUAGCAUCCGCAGCAUUAUUUUAUCAUAAGUUAAGUAUGAUCAAGGAAAUUUUCCAAACAGGUUUCGAUAUUAUUGUAUAUGGCAGUGUUUUAUAUUCAUAUUCUUGUUUAAAUUUUCUAUUGGAACAAAAUAUACCAGGAAAUCAAAUACAUUUUGUACAAAUUGAAAUUCGACAAGAAGACGAAAUGAAUAUUGAAGGUUUUCGAGAUCCCACUGUAACAGAACUUAUUUUAAAUGAACUGAAAAAAGCAAAUAUAAAUAUUUAUACCAAUUAUCGUUUCGUCAAAUGGAGUUUAUGUGAAGAAACCAAUAGAAUAAAAUCAGUAACAUUUGCUUCAAAAUUUAAUGCUAUAACAUUACCAUGUCAAUUAUUUUGGCCUUAUAAUUGA